UAAAGUCAUAUUUUAUCUCUGAACUCGGUUAUAAUCUAUAAUUAUAAAAAUCUUAUUCAUUUAUAAAGAAUAAUCUUGACCUAAGUAAAAUAUUAAUUUUUACAAAAGCAAAAUGUUCAUUCUGAAACUUUUAGCUGUACUACUGAUUGGACUUUUUGCUAUUUAUUUGUGGGUAUUGCGACGAUUUAGGUAUUGGAAGAAUCUUGGAGUCCCUUGUCCAGCCGCCACAUUUCCCUAUGGUACCCUGCAGAUGGGUAAAGUGAGAGAGCACACAUCUCAAUCGAAUGCUCGAUACUAUCGACAAUUCAAAAAUAAGUCGCCAAUUUGUGGACUAUUUUUUACCAUCAAGCCUGCAAUCUUGGCUUUGGAUAUAAAUCUGAUUAAAAACAUUUUGAUCAAAGAUUUUUCUUCAUUUCAUGACCGUGGUGUUUAUUUUAAUGACAGGAUUGAUCCAUUAGCAGGUCACAUUUUCAAUUUAGAGGGCAAACGAUGGAAAACUUUACGUACUAAGCUAACGCCAACUUUUAGUACAGGAAAAAUGAAGUACAUGUUUCCCACGAUGGUGAAUGUAGGAAAAGAAUUUGUCCAAACAUUAAAAAACGAGUCAACGGAGGUUGAAAUGAAGGAGCUUUUAGCUAGAUUCACAACUGAUAUAAUUGGGAGAUGUGCCUUUGGAUUGGAAUGCAACAGUUUAAAAGAUCCUAAUGCGCAGUUUCGCGAAAUGGGAAAAAAAGUUUUUGAGCAGCCCAGAAAUAACAGAUUUAAGCAAUUUCUUGUCAUUUCGUACAAAGAGGCAGGUCGAUUUUUUAACAUUAAAACAGUGAGAGAAGAUGUGUCAAAAUUUUUCAUGAAAGUCGUGAAAGAUACAGUUGAGUACAGAGAAAAAAAUUCCAUAAAGCAACAUGACUUUAUGGACCUCCUAAUAAACUUGAAGAACAGCUCUAAUGAAAAUGAACGUCUUAGUUUAAAUGAAAUCGCAGCUCAAGCAUUCGUCUUUUUUCUCGCUGGUUUCGAGACAUCUUCAACAGCUAUGUCCUAUGCUCUGUACGAAUUAGCACAGAAUCAAGAUAUGCAAGAUAAGGCUCGAAAAUCAGUAACUGAUGUACUUGUUAAGUAUAAUGGAGAAAUAAGCUAUGAAUCAGUCAACGAGAUGAGUUACAUCGAUCAUUGUAUUAAUGAAUCGUUACGAAAAUAUCCUCCUGGCUCUAAUUUAAUCAGAGAAUGUACCAAGGACUAUCAUAUAGAAAAGAUAAACUAUACAAUUAAAAAAGGUAUGUUGAUAAUGAUACCAGUUUAUGCUAUUCACCACGAUCCAGAAUUUUAUGAAAGUCCCGAAGUCUAUAUGCCAGAGAGAUUUGAGCCAGAAAAAGCAAAACAACGUGAUUCAAUUACAUUUAUUCCAUUUGGGGAAGGUCCAAGAAUUUGCAUCGGACUACGGUUCGGAAUGCUACAGGCGAAAAUUGGACUGGCGAUGCUGUUAAAAAGCUUUAGGUUCUCCUUGAGUUCAAAAACAGAAGUACCUCUUGUAUUCAAUCCCAAGAGCCUUGUGUUAUCUCCUCUAAAUCCUUUAUGGUUAAACCUAGAAACCUUAAAUUAAUUUUGAAGGCUGCAAUUUCUAAAUUGUGAUAGUUUUUGGGAUAAAAGAUUGUGAAAAGGCGGUUUUCAAUAUAUUUAGAUCUAUUAUAAGUAAACAAAAGCUUCAGAAAAAUUUAUGUUAUUUUCAAUUUAACAUUCUGUUUUAAAUAGAUACAAGCUAAAUAAUAAACUGUUAACUAAUUCAUAAAUAAAAUAGAUGCCAUCUGUGUUUUGAAAAAUAAAAUGCAAAAUUUGCGAAGCAAGCUUUCGAUACAAGAAUCUCAGUAAGGUUUAAGAGAAUUUUUAUAAAAAAAAAAUCAAAAUUGAAGAG